AUGCAUACAUCGGUCAGUGUGCACCCAGCGUCCUCACUGCGUGGGAUAGCUGAGUUUGGUGUCAUUGCAAAGCUGGCAACCCAGCAGUCUGUAGGAACUGUUCCCCUUGGUGUGUCAGUAACUCGAAAGAAAGAGGAUGAAGCAUCAGUUGGAAGUGCACCUUUGGCGAGGCAGCAAUCAAAUCAAGCCUCUGAGUAUGCCAGCAGUCCUGUCAAAACAAAAACAGUAACAGAGUCUCGUCCUUUGUCGCUUCCUGUGAAAACCAUGCUGAACUCAUCUGAAAGCUGCAGAAGUCCUGAAGAAAGAAUGAAGGAAUUUAUUGGAAUAGUGUGGAAUGCAGUUAAGCGCCUUACACUUCAGCUUGAAGUGCAAUCUUGUUGUGUAUUCCUUCCGAAUGAUAGCCUGCCUUCUCCAAGUACCAUUGUAUCGGGUGACAUUCCUGGGACUGUGCGAAGCUGGUAUCAUGGGCAGGCCAGUAUGCCUGGCACGCUUGUCGUCUGCUUGCCCCAGAUCAAGAUUAUGAGUGCUGGGCACAAGCACAUGGAGCCACUGCAGGAAAUCCCAUUUGUCGUGCUGAGGCCCAUCCUGGAAGAAGGGGAUGCGUUUCCAUGGACCAUUAGUCUGCAUCAUUUCAGUAUAUAUACUCUUCUUGGACACCAGAUGACACUUAAUUUAGUGGAACCAAUGGGCUGUACUUCGACUUUAGCUGUUACUUCACAGAAACUGCUUGCUUCGGGGCCAGAAUCCAGACACUCAUUUGUUGUCUGCCUCCAUGUCGACCUUGAGUCCCUUGAAAUAAAAUUCUCCAACCCCCAGGUGCAGCUUUUGUAUGAACUGGCUGAGAUCACAAGUAAAGUUUGGAAUAAAAUUCAGAGAAAAGGAAUUUUAUAUCAAUCUUCUCUCUAUACUGAAACCAUGACAGGACCUGCUCCUCCUAGCUCUCCAGUUAAAAGUAGUGUUGGUACGGCUCUACCAGAUACCAGCACAUACAGCCCAUCUGCUGACAUUGGGACCACUACAGAGGGUGAUUCUCUUCAUGGUGGUGAUGAUUCUCCAUUCUCAGACUCCAUUACAUUGGAACAAACAACAAGUAAUAUCGGAGUCUCAAGUGGACGUGUCAGCCUAUGGAUGCAGUGGAUGUUGCCAAAAAUUACUAUAAAAUUGUUCGCUCCUGAUCCUGGAAAUAAUGGCACAGAAGUUUGUGUUGUCAGUGAAUUAGAAGAUCUCAGUGCCUCAGUGGAUAUGCAGGAUGUUUAUACCAAAAUCAAAUGUAAAAUAGAAAGCUUCAAUAUUGACCAUUACAGAAACAGCCUUGGGGAAGAUUCUUGGUCUCUGGGGCAAUAUGGAGGUGUGUUCCUUUCCUGUACUGACAAGCUGAACAGACGUACCUUGUUGGUUCGACCCAUCAGCAAGCAGGACCCUUUCAGUAAUGUCUCUGGCUUCUUUCCCUCUACAACAGCAAAGCUUUUAGAUGGCUCACACCAACAACAUGGAUUUCUUUCUCUCACUUAUACCAAAGCUGUGACAAAAAAUGUCCGGCACAAACUGAUAUCAAGAAAUGAACGAAGAACAUUCCAUAAGCUGUCAGAAGGUCACACUGAUGGUUCGCCUCACUUUCUUCAUGAGAUCCUUCUCUCUGCUCAGGCCUUUGAUGUGGUCCUCUGUUUUCCUUUGCUUAAUGCAAUUGCAAGCAUUUUUCAAGCUAGGCUGCCAAGGAGUCAAAAGGAGAAAAGAAAAUCACCAGGCCAACCUACAAGGACUCAUGCUCUAACUUCCCGCAACUUGCCUCUGAUUUAUAUCAACACUGGUGUAAUACGAGUAUUCUUUCCCAAAAAUGAGGAAGAUCAUCAUACUGCAGAAG